GGGCCGAUUCAGCAUCGUCCGGCAGUGCCGGGAGAAGGUGAGCGGCAAGGCUUUGGCCGCUAAGAUCAUCCCUUACUGGCAGGAGGACAAGCAGGCUGUGCUGCUGGAGUACCAGGUGCUGAGGAAGCUCCACCACACAAACAUAGCCCAGCUGAAGGGUGCCUACGUCAGCCCCCGGCACCUGGUGCUGAUCCAGGAGAUGUGUGUGGGGCCAGAGCUGCUCCACUCCUUGGCGUUACGGACGUCGUACUCAGAGGUGGAGGUCCGAGACUACCUGUGGCAGAUCCUCAGUGCCACCGAGUACCUCCAUGCACACAACAUCCUGCACCUGGACCUCAGGUCAGAGAACAUGAUCAUCACCGAGCCCAACCUGCUGAAACUCCUGGAUUUUGGGAACGCACAGUUCUACACACCAGACAAGUUUAUUACCAUGGACAAAUGCUCAGACUAUGUGGAAACCAUGGCUCCAGAACUGCUGACAGAGCAAGGAGCCCUUCCCCAGACUGAUAUUUGGUCCAUCGGAAUCACAGCCUUCAUCAU